UCAUAAUAUAGUGUGUAACCUUGUGAACAAUAAAUCCAAGUGCUUUGAAACUAUCCGAGCAAAAACUGUCCUCUUUAAAAAUUCAUUCUUUGUCAAAACUGUGAUAGAUUGGAAUAAACUAAGUAAUGACAUUGUGAACUCUUCAACAAUUGACAUUUUCAAAGACAGUGUAUUAAAACAGCAAUAGUGUAACAAUCGCGCACUCCACCACUGUCGAGUAAAAGCCAGAAUUGGUUUCUUCGACGUGACCAACCAGAUCCAGAGAUCCAGAUCCAGAGUGUUUGAGGAGAACAUUAAAUAGUUUUCGGCCACAAAAAGCCUGCACAAGGCCUGCCGCAAUGUCGGGAAUGGAUCCGAGACGAAUGGAGCCAAGACUCAUUAAAGACAUUAGCAAAGAAAUAAGUACAGAGUUCAGCAUGCUGAGAAUUUACCUUGGCUUUACAGAGGCUCAGUUUGCAAGAUUAAAACAUGCUUAUCGCAAUAUGGAUGAUCAGAUAUUUGCCAUGCUGAAUGCGUGGCACGAUGUGGUCGUCAGGUGUGGAGAGAACCCUCGCCGCCUGCUUGCUGCUGCAUUAGAUGACUGCGAGAACCGCUUCUUGGCCGUCACCAAGCUGGUGACCCCUAAAGAAUUGGAUGGACUUAAGCCUAGGGAGAGAGAACCACGUGAAGAAACAAAAAAACUAAUUGAGGAGAUCAAUUUUACUGUCCCUGGAGAUAUGGCAGGGGCUGGGCCUAUUUUCAACGUUGGGGCACCUAAUGCAGUAAACGUGUUUCCAGGUGGUAGUUUAAGCAACCAUGGUAAACUGUCUCUUGGAAUUAAUUAUCCAGGUGUGUCAAGAAGUAGUGGUGCUGAUUCGAACCCAAAACAUGGAAAUUUUAAGAAAUCAAAUGAUGACUCCCUUACGCAGACAAUGCUGGGAAUAUAUCACAAUAUGAUGGAGUCAGUAGGGGCCAUUAUGGCCCACAAUUAUGUCUUUGGAACUGGUUUUAGAGUUGGUUCCAAAUAUAUUAUGACAGCAAAGCAUGUGAUAACCGACAUUCUUGAUCCCUAUAGAUCUGGAGUUAUUACUGAUCAAUAUAUGCAAGAUGCUCACAUAAGCUUUUCUGAUCUGCCAACAGUUCCCUCUGAUCUCGAUUAUAAGUUCAAACAAGUUUGUUAUUUCAACGAAAAGCUUGACAUUGCAAUCCUGGAAAUUUUAAAUCCUGAUCAACGGCUGCCCAACAAGCUUCCUCUUCGAAGAGACAACUUGCCUGACAUUGAAUAUGUGUCACUUUUUGGCUAUGGUCAUCCAAACAACCCAAGAAAGCAUUGGGAUCAGAGGUGUCAAAUUAUAUACCCAAACUUUGAGUGUUUGCGCUCAGCAUUGGCCUUCAAAGAGAAACGUCAUCAGGAUUUAAUCCAAAACUUGGAUCGGAAUUAUGUAGUCAGAUUGAGAAGCAAGAAUGAAAACCCAGCCGCAGUUGUGGAAAAGGGUUACCUAGGUUAUGAUGAACCACAUAAACUACUGAUUCAUGCUUUCCUGGAACAUGGAGCAUCUGGCUCCCCAAUGUUAGCGUGUGUAAAUCCAGCAGCAGGGAUUGUACAAGUUGUUGGAGUGUUUACUCAUGGAAUACCAGAAUUUUACUUUUGUUUAAGUGACACAGGAAAAAGCAUCAUUCCAAAUGAAUUCAGGUUUGAGGCUGGAACUAGAAUGACCUUUAUUUUUCAAGAUAUGUGUCGUGAACAUGUUUCCCUUGCGCAAGACAUAUUUACGUAGGAUCCUUGCUUUAUGAUAAAACUAUUAUGCAAAAUAAUGUUGUAUAAUGCAUGCAUAUUAAAUUUGAUGAAUUUUUUAUGAAACAAGUAAUGCUGCCUGGGUAUCUAAGGUUAUCUACUGAUCAUGGAUCUAUAUUUUAGCUCCACACAUAAAUACAAUUAAUAUUAUACAUCUUAAAUAUUGGCCAGUGUUUUCAGUGUAAUCUGAUUCCAUUUUUGAGGCUCAGAACUUUUUAGUCUAGUUUAAUUUUAAUAUUUUUGUGUACAUGUACAAGUCUGUGAAAUAUAAUGUAUUACUAAAAAGA